AUGUUUGCGUUUAAAGCUUUGUUAGAUGCUAAAGUGAACAGGAAUAGGCAAAGUUUGAAUUUGAAACUCAUGAAGAAAUUUACAAUUACAUCACAACGAAUGAUAUCCAGAAAGAAGGAUUACUUAAAUGAGAACGUGGUUAAAGUUGAUUGCAUGGUUAAUUCUCGUGAUCAUCCUAUAGAAAUAGAAGAUGAUGAAGUAUCUAAAGGGAAAAAAUUUAUAUAUGAUGAAGUUAAGAAGGAGAAUGAUGAGAGUCCAAUUGAGAUUUAUUCCAGUAAUUCUAGGAAUAAGACAAUUGACAUUUCAUCUAGUAAUUCUUGGAAGAAGAAAAAGCCAAGGAAUAAUAUUAGUCAGUCUGAUUAUAGUUCGAUGAAAAAGAGAAAACAUGGUUUGUUUGGUCGAUUAAAUUCAAAAUCAUCUGAUUUAGAAGAUUAUGUAAGUGAUUCUGAUUAUGAAGUUCGGAGCAUUACAAGGAGCAGGAAGUUGGUUAACAGAAGUGUUAGAAAAUUUUCUAGUGAUUCUGAUUUUGAGGAUGGUUCCAGUAGUAGUGUGAAGAUGGUGGAUAAUAUAGCUGAUAAGAAAGUUAAAAAGAAAAUGGAGUUGCAUAGUGAUAAAAUAAAGUCAUUGUAUUCUCGUGUUUCUCUUCAUUCUAUAUAUGGUGUUGUGAAGUCAAUGAAUCAUAAGCAAAAAGAAUGUGUGAGGAGUUUGGGGUUUGGAUCAUUGAUAGACAUGAAGACUCAAAGUAUUCCAACAAAAUUAUGUUAUUUUGUUGUUGAUUUGUUUGAUCCUUUAGAGAUGGUUAUUAAAACUGAGGUUUCUAAUAUUUUGGUUACAAGGGAAGAUGUUAAUAGGGUGUUAGGGCUGCCUAUGGGGGUUGAUCAGUUAAAUAGUGUUGAUUUAAGAGGUAAUGAGGAAUGGUAUGAAAUAUGGAAAUAUCAAUUCAAGAAGUCGUUGUCUUUAAUUACUCCAAAUGAUGUUGUGUACAAGAUAAUAGAACGAUGUGAAGCAGAUAUGGUGUUUGUUGCAAACUUUAUUAUUCUUUUUCUAUAUGUUGAUAGGAUUCAAUGUAGGCAAAUGUUAAUGGUUAGAAGAUAUCCAGUAAUUAAUAAUUGGACUUUAGAGCAGUUGAAAGUGAGAGAAAUGAAUGAAAUUUCUAAUAGAGGUUUUGGAAGGCCAUCUACUACAGUGGAAAGUGUUGAUGAAGUUUCUAGAGGAUCAAUUUUAGUAAAGUCUUAUGGAUUGAAGCUGAAAGAGUUAUGUUCUGCAUUUAAAGCUUUUCGUCAUAGUAAUUAUAAAUGCGAAUAUGCUUUUCAGUCAUCUGGAAAAAGUAGUAGUUGUGAUGAUAAGUCUAAUGAAUUUCGAGAUGUUGGGCAGUCUAUUAACAACAUCGUUGGUGGUAAUAAAUAUGGAUCGGCAAAUUUGUUUGGUAAAUCUGGAAAUAUGGAAACUAAGUUGCAUGUGGAUUGCGAGGGUGGUCAUAAGGAAAAGUGUAUAGUUGAGGGUAUUCCUUCUUUUAAUUUAGGAAUUGAUGAUGAUAUGCAUACUCCUCCAAAAGUGAGUCCAGGUGUUGUUGUUAAUAAAUAUGGAACGGCAAAUUUGUUCGGGAAAUCUGGAUUUAUUGAAACUAAGUUGCCUCUGGAUUGCGAGGGUGGUCAUAAGGAAAAGUGUGUAGUUGAGAGUAUUCCUUCUAUUAAUUUAGGAAUUGAGGAUGAUAUGUAUACUCCUCCAAAAGUUAAUCCAGGUAUUGAUAGUUAUGUGCACAAUAAUUAUGUUUCUGUUGGAAUAGGCUCUGAUUCAGUUAAAAGGAAUGAACCUAAGUCUUGCGAUGAAAGUGAAAAAGUUAAAAUUCUUGAGAAAGAUAUGAUUUCAUCGAGACCAAAGAGAAGUCACACGUUACCUCCAGUGCUUAGGUCUCCAUUUGUUGUACGAGCUAUUAAGAUUGAUAGUAAUUUGACGAAGGAGGAGAAUAUCAAGUCUAAUUGGCUAUUCAGUUUAUGUGGGAAUCCAAUGGAUGAUCUUUUUCAUAGCAUAAAUGGUCAACGUGGGGAAAGAUACAUGUUUGAGAGCUUAUAUCCGGGAGAAUUUCUUUUUUCCGGGACUAUUGAUUGUUUUGUUGAAGUGCUGAACUAUGAUGAGAGAGCUAGGAAUUUGGACACUCCUUCAUGUUUCUUCUUCAAGACAGCAGUAUUGGAUCCUGCAUACAUGCAUAGUGAAGCAUGUAAAUAUGAUGAUGUGUACGAGAAUUUUAAAGAAAAUGUUUUUCAUUGUUUGGGAGAGUCUAAAAAACGAAGAAAUUUAAAAGGAAUUGAUUUGGUGUUCUUUCCUGCAUGUGCAAACAGUCACUAUUUUGUGUUUGUUUUUUAUUUUAAAAACCGCAAAGCUGUCAUAUUGGACAACAUAUUGUAUAGAUCUUCUGAAAAACCAUACCCACAUCUAAUUCAAAAUCUGAAAUAUAUGUUUGGUAGAUAUCUUCAAGACAUAAAACAUUUUAUGGCUUUUUCAGUUAUGUAUGAAAUGGAAUUUGUUGAUCAAUAUAUGACGUGGAAAACAAGAGGUGGUCCUUUAGCUCAAUGGAGAUGUGGUUUUAAAAUGGAAAGUUUUGAGCAGAUUUUGCAACUUAGAAAUCUUCGAAGAAGAUAUUCUAUGAAAAUUCUAUUGAGUGAAGUAAAUCUAAUGAAAAAUGAAGUUGAGCAACUUCUUGUUGAUUAUCAAAAGCUUUAUUCAAAUGACAGGCGUGUAAUGUAUCAUGAAGGCAUUAUCAAUAUAGCAGCUAGGUUAGCUGCUUUUGGUCCUUGA